ACAAGUCACCUUUUAGUUUUGCACAAUUGCUUUAACUUUUCGUCUAGUCUCGUGAAUGUAAGUGUACUGUAGUUUCUGUCACGAUCUGUUUGAUCUGUCAUGUCACUUUUCAAUGUGACGAGUAACUUGACUCAAAAUGCUGCUGCAUCUUUACGGAUGUGUAGAAAAAGCGAGAGCUCUGAUGAUGACGACAAAAGGUUAAAAAGAAGAGAAAAGAAUCGAGUGGCUGCACAGAGGAGCCGGAAAAGACAAACCCAGAGAGCCGAUGAGCUUCAUGAGGAAUAUGAGUGUCUGGAACAAGAGAACAGCUUGCUGAAGAAGGAAGUUCAGUUGUUGAUAGAGGAACAGCAACAUUUGACAGAAGCCCUCAAAGCCCACGAGCCCCUGUGCCCUGUCAUGAACUGUGGUACAGCCUCAACUACAAGGUGCACAGUGCCAUCUGAGUUUAUGUCUAGAUAGGGCCAGGCCACUUACAUCUGAUCAGUUUUUUUUUUUCUAUUUCAAAGCGAGUCUUUAAACUCUUGAGUUCAGGAUAUAAGUUAAUUGUAAGAUUAAUUGGUUGGUGGUUCAACAGUUAACAUUGCCAUAACAAUUUGAGAGAAAAGUUUUACAUAAGUAUCUGGAUUGUCCCGCUAAGCUUUGGCUUUAAUAGCAGCAUGUCCAUGUCCAAAGAGCAUCUCAUGUGCUUCAGGUACUGUAAAUAUGGUCAUUCUUAGUGAAAUGAUGGGCAAAAUCUUAAAUAUUUUAAUUGUAUUUUACAACGCAUGUUUUUGCUUUAAACUUGGCAAAAUCCUAAAACCAUAUUUGUAAUGUGGACUUAAAGGAAAACACCACAGUUUUUCAAUAUUUUACUAUGUUCUUACCUCAACUUAGAUAAAUUAAUAUAUACCUAUCUUUUUUCAAUGCGUGCACUUUUUAUCUUUGUACAGCGCUUCUUGAACGUUUUAGCAUUUAGCCUAGCCCCAUUCAUUUCUAUGGCUCCAAACUAAAGUUUUAUUUUGUGCCACCAUACUUGUGUAACUACUUAUGUAACAGUCUUUAAAUAGGGAAAACAUGGAAGUGUUCGUUGGCUUCUAAAUUCAUCCCUGUUUGGAUCCCAAGGAAUGAAUGAGGCUAGGCUAAAUGCUAACUUAUUCACAAGGCGCUGUUUUAACAAAGAUUGAAAGU